AUGGAAUGGGUCUUGGUCUUCUGUUACAGCCUUUGGCUAGCCACUUCAGCCGAAACUUUAUUUAAUAUUGUGUCUGGAUUAGAUCGAUUGCCUCGGGGUAAGUGAAUAAUAUUAAUUUGAUGUUUGAUCUCAUUAGAACCGGGAUUAAUAAUCAGCUCCUCCAUGGAUUUGAAUAUAUCUGAUUUUAUGAAUGACAUGACUAUUAAUGAACAGUGUCAUCAGAGAUUGGAGGUUGGAAAUGGGCACAUGAAACUGAAAAGAUUCUUUUAUAACAGGCAGAACGACGAUUGUAUUCCUUUUAUUUACCGUGGAAAUGGUGGAAAUCUGAACAAUUUUUUGGAUGAAAACUCUUGUCGGAUUACUUGUAUACUCAGUAAGUAAUAGUAAAAAUGGUAAUAUUUAAAUUUAGAUUUUGAAAAAACGGACAAAUGCAAAAACAAACCGACAUCGUCUUGUAACAAGCCAAAGGCCUCUGGCAAUCAGUUGUUUAAUUAUGACGUCAUGAAAGAUGAAUGUCAUCCGUUUAAGAUGAACGGAUGUGACAAGGAAGACAACUUUUUUGUUUCAAAAACAGAAUGUGAAAGAAAAUGUGUUUCAAUUAAGAAGGUACCUUGUUUGGAGAUCAUAACUUGCACCGAGAAGUCCUGUCCAUUCACUUGUCUGAAGAAGGGAGAUAAGCAAUAUUGUUGUAAUGAGGCGUAUAAGGGACCUUAA